AUGAAGGACGAUUUAUCUGACGUUUCCUCAGUGGAAGAUGAGGGCUACUCCGAGAUGCCAGAAUUCAAGCGGGAGCAGAUCCUAGCGGAGAAGCACGCGGAGCAGCUGAAGAAGAAGCAGAGAAGGAACCUGAUAGAGUCUUCGAAAUUAGAAAAGGAGGACUCGAUGGACAAGCUGAACAACGAUCUUGACUACCUGGACGACAUAAUAGAAGAGACUGCGGAGAAGCCGCCCGAAGACCAACUGAACGACAAAACGCUGUUUAACGACGACGCAGGUCCGAUACCGGCGCCCUCGAAAUCGGAAAAGCACGAGUCGAUCAAGCACGUGACGGCGUCGCUGGCGAACGCAGCCAAGGUGUCGAAGAACAAGGCGCUCAACAUCCUGGAACACCCGAACUACAACGAGUACAUAUCGGGGACGCUGAUGAACGUGUACAUCUCAGUGGACAGCACGAAGCUGACGCCGCUGGCCUCGGAAAAGAACUUCGAGGCGAAGUCGCUCUCGGAGACGUUCCCGAAGCUGAUAGGGAAGCACGUGGUGUUCCAGGUGGAGUCGGCGCUGAAGUGCGAACGUUACGACGUGCACGGAACGAACUACGUGACCUGCGACCACAAAAGCAGGAACCUGCUGGGCAGAACCGAGUACAUUUUCUGCGGCAGAAUCCUGAACGUGAACCCGGGCGUGUUCAACACGCUGGUCCUGGCGAGCGUGAACGACGUGUGCAACAUGCCCUUCUACGACCAGGACAUAACGUUCGGCGACGAGGAUUUUGCGCAGUUUCUCAAGCACAUAGCGAACAACCUGAAAUCGUUCACAUUCACGGAUGAGGACGUUCAAAUGAUCUUGGAAAGGAAAUUGCUGGACAGAGCACCCUCGACGAUGGGAAGGAAGUCGCUGAUCGCCGAGAUACAACGCUACUCACAUGAGAUUGAGCUUCUGAUGGAUGCGGCGAGAAACGACCCGUCGCAAAUACCAAGGCUCAAGGAGCACGAAAGGAAGAAGCAGGAGCUGGUCGAGAAGCUGGAGAGAUACAACAAGCCGUCAGUGACAAACCAGUACUCAGUGAGGACAUCGUCACUGCUGUGUGCAACAGAUGACCUAUCGUCAAAGGGAGUUGUGAGAAAGACGACAAAGCCGACGCCAAUGAUAAUGGGUAGGACGCAGACUAAUUACCUGGUACCUAGUAUGAAGGAAGAUGAGGCGCAAAAUGAGAUGAAUGAAACGAAGAACGUGUUCAAGAGGACGUUGAACGACCUCAAAGCAAGCAAACAGCAGUACAUUCUGGACCAAUACCUCCAGUACGUCAACAACAUGAACAUGGACUUUGACGUUGGCGACAAGCGAGUCUACUUCAGGCACUUCAAAAAAGUAAAACUGAGUGAACUUUUAAACAAUUAA